CUCUCCACCCGUCACGGUCAGGCAGGUAUCCUUCGCCAACAUUCUUCGGUUCGCAUCUCUUCCAAGAAGUAAUCGUAGACUCCCCUACGCAUGAAGACCUUCGCUUGAUUGUGAACACUCGUUUUCCUCGCCUGGCCGGAUCUGUCGCCGAAGGUUUAAUCAAGCUUUGGGUGGCAGUCCGUAGUUUGGGUUCCAUUGCGUCCACGCGGGAUGUGGGCAUGCGCGAGCUCGAGAAGCUCUGUUUGCGCGUUCAGAAGGUACUGCCCUCAUCAUUCUCCUCGAUGAAUGUCGAUUUCGCCAGCGACGACUCGUCCUCUUUGGCCGUUAUUUUCCCGAAUUCCGUCGUACGAGAAGACAUAUUCGCCGAGUGCAAGGACGUCUUCUUCGGAGUCGGCGCGACAACAGCCGCUGUUCGUCAGCACCUCGAACUCAUAUCAUCAAUGAUCGCGGAAUACUUAGGCCUUUCUCCCGAGCGCAAGGAUUGGGUCCUGCGUGGACGUGUACCGGACUUCAACAUCGACAAGGACGUCAAUGGCUCCGUCACCUGCGUGCAGAUAGGGAAUACAAGGCUUCUGCCUUCGCCAAAACCGGAUCAUUCGAUGCCUACAACGCGACCGUUCGCAAUGCAUAAACCCGCUGUCUCCCUUCUGUCUCGUAUUGCAACUGCCAUCUCGCUGAACGAGCCAAUCCUGCUUACAGGUGAAACUGGUACAGGAAAGACGAGCGUCGUGACUCACCUCGCUUCAUUGCUACGCAAGCCGCUUAUUUCUCUGAAUUUGUCCAAUCAAACCGAGUCGUCCGAUAUCGUUGGCGGGUUCAAACCUGUGGAUGCGCGGGUCCCAGCUUCGGAACUCCAGGCGCGCUUCUCGGACCUAUUCGGCGGCACAUUUAGUCGUAAGAAGAAUGCACACUUCGAGGAGUCGGUUCGGAAGGCCGUGCAUGAAGGAAAAUGGAAGCGUGCGGUGGUUUUGUGGAAAGAAUCAAUUCGACUUGCCAGGGAUCGCAUCCAAGCGAAAGCUUCAGAGGAGAGGUGAGCCCCU